AUGCGACGCACGUUGAGUAAUAUUCCUUGGCGCAUCGCGCGCGAUGGCGCUAUGAGAUCUAUGAACAUCGCGAAAAUCCCCGAGACCAGCGCGAGCUUGAACAGCGCUGGAGAUCUCACCUUGCGGACAACCAACUCUCUCGUCGCGCGUACGUACGCCUCGGCGAAAUCCAUCGGCGCCGGUAAGGUUACCCAAGUAAUUGGCGCAGUCGUAGAUGUCCAGUUCGACGAUCAACUGCCUCCGAUCCUUUCUGCUCUCGAGGUUGAAGGACAUGACGUUCGUCUAGUGCUUGAAGUUGCUCAGCAUCUUGGGGAAAAUACGGUUCGAACGAUCGCAAUGGAUACCACCGAAGGUUUAGUAAGAGGCCAAACCGUGAACAAUACAGGCAGUCCUAUCCAAAUCCCUGUUGGCCGCGCAACUCUCGGGCGGAUCAUGAACGUGAUUGGCGAGCCAAUUGAUGAAUGCGGUCCGAUCUCAACAUCGACCUCGCUAGGCAUCCAUAGAGAAGCUCCCCCUUUCGUCGAUCAAAGUACGGAGAUGGAAAUGCUAGUUACUGGUAUCAAGGUUGUUGACUUGCUUGCCCCUUAUCAGAAAGGUGGUAAAAUUGGACUUUUCGGUGGUGCAGGUGUUGGGAAGACAGUCUUCAUCAUGGAGUUAAUCAACAACAUUGCAAAGGGACACGGCGGGUUCUCUGUCUUUGCUGGAGUUGGUGAAAGAACUCGAGAAGGCAACGAUCUUUAUCACGAGAUGAUCGAAGGUGGUGUUAUCAAGCUGGGUGAUCAAGCAAGUGAUUCAAAAUGUACUCUCGUGUACGGACAAAUGAACGAACCUCCUGGAGCGCGAGCGCGGGUCGGUCUUACAGGUUUAACUGUUGCCGAAUACUUCCGUGAUUUUGAAGGCCAGGAUGUUUUGUUUUUUGUGGAUAACAUCUUUCGCUUCACGCAAGCCAACUCCGAAGUGUCUGCGUUACUCGGCCGAAUCCCCUCUGCGGUUGGAUACCAGCCAACGCUCGCAACUGAUCUCGGAGGCCUUCAAGAACGAAUUACAACGACUACAAAAGGUUCUAUCACAUCAGUCCAAGCCAUUUAUGUCCCCGCUGAUGACUUGACUGAUCCUGCCCCCGCUACCACGUUUGCUCACCUCGACGCCACGACCGUUUUAUCACGUUCCAUCGCAGAAAUCGGAAUCUACCCUGCGGUGGAUCCACUCGAUUCAACGUCCAGAAUGCUGUCCCCUUUGACUCUUGGUGACGAGCACUACAACACGGCUCGUGGUGUCCAAAAAAUUCUGCAGGACUACAAAAAUCUUCAGGAUAUCAUUGCGAUCCUCGGGAUGGAUGAGCUCUCUGAAGACGACAAGUUGACAGUCUCUCGAGCUCGAAAAGUGCAACGCUUUUUGUCACAGCCGUUUCAUGUCGCUGAGGUUUUCACCGGAAGUCCAGGUAAAUACGUCGAUCUGAAGGAUACUAUCUCAGGGUUCAAGGGUCUCAUAAGUGGCAAUUACGACGACUUGCCAGAAAUGGCAUUUUACAUGGUUGGCGAUAUGAACGAGGCGAUUUCGAAGGCGGACGAACUCGCGAAGCAGGUGGCGUAA